UAAAAAGAAGAUUAAUGCUUCAAUUUAAAACUUUGCUUUUGAAUGUAUUGUUAACUAUUAGUAUCUGUUGUCAAUUUUAUUAUGACACAACAUACAAAUCAGAUAAUUCAUUGGUUUAUUACUUGCAAAAAUCUUAUCCUGCUGCACAUUAUGAAGCUUUUUUGAGAUAUCUUCAAUCUACCCAGCCAACCACAGCAACAUCUUCAUCUGCAAUUAGUGCUCUAGUUCCAUCCUUAAUUGCAUUGAGUGUUCCAUCUACAUCUGGAAUAAUUGUUACAUCUUCAGCUGCUACAAGUGUCCCACAACCUCCACAACAAUCAACACAACCUUCUGCUGAGCUUACCUAUGGUGCCUAUAGAAGAUAUAGGGACCAGCACCCUGGACCGAUGAGCGAUCGAUCAUUUUUGCGGUGGUUCCGGUUAGGAGGGAAUGAUGGUGAGUCAUUCAGCUGGGCCUAUCAUCCUCCUAACAGGGGUGCUGGAAGCUCCAGCAGAAGAGGAAAUUGUGGAGGAGGUCGUGGGCGAAGACGGAAUGGUGGCGGCCUUGUUGUGAAUGGUGGCAUCCACUAUUACUAGGCGCCACCACUCCUUUAUUUUUUUUUUAAAUAAAUAUAUAACAUUA